CCUCUCCAUGCAGGAACUGGAGUCAGAGGCUUCCCCUGCUGCCUGCAGGGAGAGACCAUUAGGAAUGCCUCCCCGUGCCUGGUUUCCUGAGGUAUCUGACGUUAGACACUGGGCCCGGAGCACUCUGAGCACAUCUCACCCGCAUCUCUGCAGGAAUCAGGAUGCAGGCCAAAUACAGCAGCACGAGGGAUAUGCUCGAUGAGGAUGACACCACUGUAAGCCUGUAUUCUGGAGCUUCUACUGUCACCAGACGUGCAGAGCCCAGGCACCAAGAGAAUGAGACUCCCUCUUCAGUUUGGCGUCCCGUGGCCCUGACCCUGCUGACCUUGUGUGUGGUGCUUCUCAUCGGCCUGGCCGCCCUGGGCCUUGUGUUUUUUCAGUUCUACCAGCUCUCCAAUACCCAGCAAGAGAACAUCGCUGAACAGGAGGAAAGACUGGGAAACUUGUCCCGACAACUGCAGUCCCUCCAGAGCCAGAACAGGAGACUCACAGACACUCUGCAGCAUGUAGCUGUCAAACUGUGUCGCGAACUUUACAAUAAAAGUGGAGAACACAGAUGCAGCCCAUGCCCUGAAAAAUGGAAGUGGCAUGGUGGCAAAUGCUACCACUUCUAUAAAGAGAGUAAAAGCUGGCAGGGAUGUGAAUAUUUCUGCCUGACUGACAAUGCCACCAUGCUGAAGAUAAGCACACAGGAAGAGCUGGAUUUUGCCAUGCCUCAGAGCUACUCUGAGUUUUUCUACUCUUAUUGGACAGGGCUCUCCCGCAAUGGCAGUGGCAAAGCCUGGCUGUGGACAGAUGGGACACCGUACUCCUUUGAACUGUUUGAGAUUAUAAUCGAUCCCACCAACCUGAGAAACAGGGACUGUAUGACCAUCUUCAAUGGAAAGGCUUACUCAAAGGACUGCAAAGAGCUGAGAAGGUGUGCCUGUGAGCGGGUGGCAGGGAGAGUGGUACCCGAGGUGCUUCAGCAGGUGGCAUGAGCCAUUGAGCAGUGCGGGCCAACAGGUCAGCUUCAAAUGCCAGCCAGCAAAGGGGCCGAGUCAAGUGUGGCCACCGCAAAGGACAUUCAAAGCUUUGAGAAACACUGGGGCAGCUGCUGGGACCGCUGCUUGAGAGGUUCUUCUCAUUCUGAUUCUGCAUCACCCGUAACUGAGUUCCGGGUUCUUGCACAUAUGUGCCUGUCAAAGGAUUCUUACCCACGAACCACCAACUAGCCCCGGUAAGCAAGAUAGUCGUCCUCCUUGAUUUACAGAAGCCUUUCAGCUGUCUCCCUUCUCGGUGUCUGUUUUCACCCUCUUAUCCAUGCCUCCCUUACACUAGGAAAAGAGAGACACAUAAGAAAAUAGAGGCACUGAUAGGAAGCCACUAACUGUGCGUGGUGAUGUCCACGCAAGGACUGGCGCCUUCUGUCUCUCAGCACUUGGAAGGUAGAGACAAGACAUGAAAAGUUUGAGGCCACAUCAGCUACGUAGCAAGUCGGAAGCCAUUGUAGGCUGUAUGAGAACCAGUUCUCAAACAGAAAGAAAGAACAAGAGAGAAAAGAAAGAAGAAAGGAGAAGAUCAAAGCAACACAGAGAACAGAAAAAAUUGAAGAGGAGUCCCUUUUCCCAACAGGCAGUUCGAAAGAACUAGUGGCUGUCCCCCUGCUGUGGUGUUCACACAGCUAAUCCAUUUUGUUACCAACUGCACUUUGCCUUUCCCAGGCUCUCAGCAAUGAUUUCCCCUGCUAUGCUGUGGCCACCUCUUCAACUGAGAUGGUUCUCAUUAUGUCAGUCUCCAUUUCAUCAAGUGUGUCUCUCUCCUAAUCAAUCAGAUCUCCUAGGAAAGAGAUGAUGUCAACUCUGAUCUAAGUUAGAGUUGCUGUCUCUAUACUCCAACAAGGAGACUGGAGUACAGAUGAAAAUUAUUCCCUUUACAUGCAUAGAUAGUAGUUUGAUUUCUUCCUCCAUCCUGUUUGAACCGUGUUUCUACUUUUCAGGUACUGAAUAUUUAAUAAUAAUAAGUGUGAAGAAUGUGAA